GUUUAUUUAGUCGGUGAGGGACACCACCUCUAGUAGUACAUCACAAGUCUCUCCCCUAGUUCUUUCUUUCCCUAGUAUCCAUGGCUUCUCAUCCCUACCUCAAGAAAGUUCGGUGGUUGUUCUCCCGCAUGUUGUUUUCUAUUGGAGUUGAUCCAUUUCUUGCAAUAUUGAUAAUCACCUUUUGGAUGUAUGCUGAAGAAGAUGGUUGUGUUGAUUACUUUGAAUGCAUAAAUGCAUUCAAUGAGUCCAACAUCUUGGUUAUGGUUGACUCUGUGAGAAAGUAUCUUGUUGAUCUUGUUCAUCUUGCAUCAAGUGACACAAAUAGCAAUUCUCCCUAUGCGAAAGAAGUUAUUGAAAGAAUUGAUUUCUACCUCGACAAUAUUUGCUUUGAGGCCUUGGGAGAUCUACUUGAAGAAUUUGAGAUCCAUGACUUAAUCUAUGAAUAUGCUCAAGAUCAUGAUGAAUGUCUCAGGGAAGAAAUUUUUGUUAGACUGGGUAUUGUAACGAACUUGGAUGAGUCUUCUAGUCAAGCCCAAAACACUCAAGGUCAAGCCACAAGUGCUCUAAUGCCUGAAACUACAGAAGAGGCAACAAUUUUAUCUUGGUCAACUGACUUUCUUGAAGAAAUAUUAGAGAAUGCAGAUGAACUCCUAUGUCAGCCAAAUAACAUUCCAAAAGAAGAGAGAACUCUGCUUGUGAUUUUCUCUGAUGGAUAUCCAUUGACUGAAGAUGAACUAUAUGACUUCUUUAGCUGGAACUAUGGAGAAGUUGAAGAAAUUGUUAUAGAGGAACCAAGACUAAGGCCUCAUCCGCUUUGUGCCCUUAUCAUAUUCUCUUCACCCAAUACACUAUUUAGUAUCCUCAAUGGAGAUAAGAGGGCCCACUUCAUCAUAAAAGGGAAAGAUUUGUGGGUUCAGCGUAAUGUUGAAGAUAAGAGGGCCCACUUCACUAUAAAUGGCAAAGAUUUGUUCUAUUGGGGAUAAGUGGGUUGGCUUUGUCACAAAUGGAAAAGGGGGUCAAGGUGUUGUUCCAAAGUGCAAGGGAAUAAUCUUUGUUGAACCUAGAAACAUAAGUAUUUGGCACCGUAUAUCAGAAUAAACUCCAUGGCAUGGAAACUAUUUAUUCUAGAUGGAAUGGUUGUAACUGUGUUGACACAUGGACAUGGUGGUGUUUAUGUUGUUAAGAUCCAAAUAAGGUUUAUUAUAAUGGACCUAAUGUUUAUUA